AUGGUCUCUUUCAUCGCUCAGGCUUACGCCGCUCUCGUCGCUGCCGCCUGCCUCUUUGGCAGCGCGAGCGCCGCGCCUGCUGGUGCGGCGGACCUCGUCGAGCGCAAGACCAAUGCGGCUGCUGCUGUUCAGGACGCGCCGCACUUCGUCGUUUACACUGAUGCGUGGAUCUCUGGCGAGACUGGUCCUCCGGAUGUGUCCCAGUUGAAGGGAUACAACGCCUACAUCAUGGGCUUCUGGCUCACUACUGGUGUCGCCGAUCAGGCUCUCGAGUGGACGCUCAUCACGGCCGACCAGCGUGCGACAACCAAGGCGGCUUACGCCGCGGCUGGCAUCAAGAUGCUGGUUAGCGCGUUCGGCUCAACCGACUAUCCCACGAGCAACGGCGCAGAUGCUGUAGGGACCGCUAACAGCAUCGCUGCAUGGGUGAAGCAGUACAACCUUGACGGUGUCGAUGUCGACUACGAGGACUUCGGCGCCUUCAACGGUGGAACCACGGCCGCCGUCGACUGGCUCAUCGCCUUCACCAAGCAACUCCGUGCUCAGCUCCCCGCCAGCCAGUACAUCAUCACCCACGCACCCGUCGCCCCCUGGUUCGAGAAGGGCUACUCCGGAGGAGGCUACCUCGCCGUGCACAGCGCCGUCGGCUCCAUGAUUGACUGGUACAACAUCCAGUUCUACAACCAGGGCGCUUCCCAGUACACCGACUGCACCGGUCUCCUUACCGCGUCUGGCGGCCAGUACCCCGGCUCUUCGCUCUUCGAGAUCAACGCGAACGGUGUCGAUCUUAACAAGCUCGUCAUCGGCAAGCCUGCUCUUACUGGUGACGCUCCCAGCGGUGGAUACAUGCCCGCGUCGACGCUCGCUACCUGCGUUGCUACUGCUGCUGGCAAGGGCUGGAGCGGUGGUGUCAUGGUCUGGGAGUUCCCCGACGCGACCGCCGCAUGGAUUCAGACCGUCCGCGGCUCGACCUUCCCUCUCUCCGGCGGCUCCACGCCCACAACCACGACCAAGGCCGCAACCACUACCACCACCAAGGCGACGACCACCAGCACCACCGCACCCGCCACUACCACGACGCCCGCCAGCGGCUCUUGCACCGGCGUCGCCGCAUGGGCAAACAACGUUGCAUACACCGGCGGUCAGCAGGUCACCUACAACGGCGCUCUCUGGCAGGCCGCAUACUGGACCUACGACGAUGUUCCCGGCGGUGCCGCUGGUGUCUGGACGAAGGUCAAGACGUGCUAA